AUGGCAGCGGGAAACCACGGCCCCACCGAUAAAACUGCGCAGGAGUUUUAUCCUGUCCAGUGGCGGAUUCACGUUGGGAACCUGCCAGAUGAUAUGGGGGAGGAGCAGUUAAUAAGGGAGCUGCGUGAGGUCUUCAAGGGCUUGUUGUGCUACAUCAAGCCCUUCAUCCACCAGCCACAUUCGACUGCCUUCGUGCAGUUUACAGAGCUAGCCCACUGGAAGCGGGCGCUGGGGUACAAAAGGUGCACUGUUGGCAACCGCGUUUUGCGGAUUGAGCCCGCCACUGGUCGGCGAGAUACGCCACCAAGUUUUAUUUGGGAAGAGAAGGAGGGUGAGAAGAUGAAGGUGUGGAAGGGGCCCCAGCAGCAGCAUUAUCAGCAGCAUUAUCAGCGGUAUUGUCAGCCGCAUUAUCAGAAGCAUUAUAUGCAGCAGUAUCUGCAGCAGUAUACUCAGCAGGAUCCUCACCAGUAUCCUGAGCAGUAUCCUGAGCAGUAUCCUCACCAAUAUCCUGUGCAGUAUCCGCAGCAGUAUCCUGUGCAGUAUCCUCACCACUAUCCGCAGCAGUAUCUGCAGCAGUAUCCUCACCAGUAUCCUCACCAGUAUCCGCAGUGGUAUCCGCAGUGGUAG